GACGCUCAGGAAGUGGAUUAAACCACCGAGGAUCCCCGUAGAUAGCGACUGUCCCAAUGCGUGAGAGGGGUCUCUACGCCCACUGAAACCCUUGUUAAAACACCAGGGAAAGAUUUAUUCAAGAGGAUAAUGCUGAAUGGUUGCGCUCAUGAAAUUCACCAGAGACAUAUGCCGGUUGUUGGGACUCGGAAGCGGCCCUGCUGUGCAGCAGCAGGAAGAGCCGAUGGACUGUGUUGCUGCAACCUCUGACCCAUGUCAUGAUGCCACUUUAUCACAGAAUGCAUUAAAUGAAGAGGAUCUGAGCGAGGAGGAAAAGGUCAGACGGAAAGCAGAGCGACGGCGAGCCAAGAGGAAGCGCCGCCGAAAAAAAAAAAAGCAAGAGCAGAUCAAGCAAAAUGAUGGCGCUGAACAGGACGAUGAAGAGGAUGGCGGCGCAGAGUCUGAGCUGGAUGAAAGCGAAUCAGAAGCAGAUGUUGCUGAAGAGGAGAAACAAAGGGCAACAAAGGAGGAGAACAAGGAAACAAAAUCAGCUGUUCCUGACAAGCAUGUUAGCUCUCUGGUUAUGGCUCCCACAGGACUCAAAGGGCAGCAGAAGACAAAAGCCAAGUCAACUGAAGAGGAGCCAGAAUGGGAUGUGAGCAGUGCCUUCUUUGCUAAUGCUGCUAGCCAUAUCAAGCCCAAAGGAUCAAGUCGCAAAUCCAAAGAAAACAAAGAGAAUGAGGCCAGAAAAGAGACAAAUGGAACUGACAAUAUGACCAAGAAAAGUGCAUCACUGACGGAAAAAGGUAUUAAGCUGGUGCAGGAAGGGCAGUAUGCACAAGCAGUCUGCAUGUUUACAGAAGCCAUAAAGUGUGAUCCCAAGGACUACAGAUUCUUUGGAAACCGCUCGUAUUGCUAUUACUGCUUGGAGCAAUAUCCUCAGGCGCUGGGAGAUGCAGAACGCUCCAUCGAGCUGGCUCCAGAGUGGGCCAAAGGAUACUUUCGCAAAGGCAGAGCUCUCAUUGGUAUGAAGCGGUACAGCGAGGCUGAGAAGGCCAUGGAGCAGGUGUUGAAACUUGACAAAGACUGUGAGGAGGCAGUCAAUGACCUCUUUAGCUGCAAAGUCCUUCAACUAAUGGAGUUUGGAUUUGAAGAGAUGCAAAGUGUGUCAUUGCUGGAGAGAUUUUCAUCUGUGCAGGCUGUUCUGGCAUCUUGUUCAGAGUCAGCAAGAGCUGGAGGCCAAGAUGCAUCAAUUGUGCAGCCAGGAAGCCCUUGCCCAUCUCUUUGGGUAGGAAAUGUGACAACAGAGAUAACCGAGAAACACUUAUGGGACCUUUUUAAAAUGUAUGGCGAUAUAGAGAGUAUCCGUGUGCUGCAUGAGAGAUUUUGUGCCUUUGUCAAUUUUAGGAAUGCAAACAUGGCAGCCCGAGCAAUGGAAAAGCUAAAUGGGUAUUGCAUUGAGAACACGCGUUUAGUUGUUAGGUAUCCUGACCGCCGCACUCAGAGGGUCCUUCCUAUUCCACUUAGGACUUUUCUUCCCAUCACACAGCAGGCUGGGACAGCACCUGGUCCUCGAAGACGUGGUCCAGUUAAUGGAGAUGAGUGUUACUUUUGGAGAACCACCGGCUGCCAUUUUGGGGACAAAUGUCGCUACAAACACUUUCCUGACCAGAAAGGCAAGGACAGAAAACCCUGGCAGCCUUGAACUAUGUUCAAACUGUGCCUCGGCAGUGGAACCGAGUUGCUCCAAAAAUCUGCCCACAAAAGCUUGAACUAACCGCAUCGGGAUCUCUGGACUAAAAAUAUUUUGGUAAAAAAUUACAGGCAGGCAGAGGAGUUGGGAAUAGUUGCACAUUAGACAUGUAAGACUGAGAGUGCCAUGCUGGUUCUGUUACCCAGUGAUCUCAAUGGAUGCCUUUUCUCAAAAGUACAAAAUUAACCAUGGAGGGAUAACGGUCACACUGGCAGCCCUAUAGGGACUUACUUUUCUCACUGGAACUUAACACCUGCUCACAGUUCAUGGAAGUAAAAUUUUUGAGGGGUUAGAAAAUCCUAACUCCCCCUUGUAUAAUACAGGUUUUAAAAAUACCUUUUAAUGGAUGUCAUAGACCUCGCAGAAUGCUAACCGACCCUCAGUUUGUGAACGCUGCUGCAUUUAGGAAAUGAGGUGUACUCAUUUCCUAAAUUUGCCUUUAUAUCACAUAAACAUGCAGGUUAUAUUUGGAGCAUAAGUUUGUGCCAUUAUCAGCAAAUAACCAAAGACAUUUCAGCACUUCUCCUAUGCAACUAAAUCAUUCAGCCUUUGGUACGAUUAUAUCGUCAACUGGACUGAAAGACAACAAAACAGGCGUAGAGAUUGUUGAGUCAGUAUGGUUAUGCUAAGGCCUGAUUAUCUUCAUAAUGCAUGUGAGGCAUAAUGAUGUCAAAAAUCUCAUGUAGCCUGAUGAAAACAGUGCCUCUUAAGAUGGUAAUGCCUCAUUUGGUGAGUCUGUCUGAGAAGUGUUCUUUUUUCUGUAUUGAAGGUUUGAGGCCUGUUUUGAUUUGACUGACUAGAUUUCAUGACAUGAGCUGUGAUAUGUUUCAGUUCCAGUUGGGUUCAUAGUUUUAAAAAAAAGCUAAAUCUGUUUAUCAUAACCAAACUAAGGUAUUUAGGUGUGCGUUUAGUAGAUUUUAUUAUUUUUUUGCCCCUCAACUAAUCGUUUUGUGACAUUUGCUUUAGGUCUAUGCAAACAGUGUCAGAGAAUCACAUCUUCCUCACCCCGGGGAUAAAUAGACAAA